AUGUCUUCUUCUUCAGGAGAAGUCACAAUUUCAAAUGACAUCCAGAAGGAAAAUGUGAAGACAGACAGGCGAGAGUGUAUCAAGCUUCUUGCGCUGGAUACCGCGGAGUUGUCUAUGGAGCGCGCAACUUCGAACACUGAUGCGGUCCACAGUGAACUUCUGGUGAGCGCGACUUCUUCGCUGGCAUUCUCCCCGGAGCAAGUGGCGUGCGUCUGCGAGGCUCUGCAGCAGGGAGGCAAUGUGGACCGGUUGGCCAGGUUUUUAUGGUCCUUACCACAGAGUGAUUUGCUACGCGGUAACGAAAGCAUCCUGAAAGCCCAAGCUCUUGUCGCUUUUCAUCAGGCUCGGUACCAGGAGCUCUACAGUAUUUUGGAGAACCACAGCUUCAGUCCGUCCAACCACUCCUCGCUGCAAGACCUAUGGUACAAGGCACGGUACACCGAGGCAGAGAAAGCGCGUGGGAGACCCCUGGGCGCCGUGGAUAAAUAUCGCCUGCGGAGAAAGUACCCACUCCCCCGGACUAUCUGGGACGGGGAAGAGACAGUAUACUGCUUCAAAGAGAGGUCCCGCAACGCGCUGAAGGAUCUAUACAAGCAGAAUAGAUACCCCUCUCCAGCCGAGAAAAGAAACCUCGCUAAAAUCACGGGACUCUCCUUGACACAGGUCAGCAACUGGUUCAAAAACAGGAGACAGAGGGACAGAAACCCGUCCGAAGCACAAUCAAAAAGGUGAGAAAGAACAAAUAAAUGAUCAGUUGAUUGCUUGAUUUUACGCAAAUGGAACAGUGUGCGUAAUGGGACAUUUAAAUUGUAAAUUAAUUACCAGGAAUAAUUUUUGAGAUUAUUGCUGGCAAGGUCGAGCUGGCUUUCCUUGUAUCAUACACAUGACUGCCUCUGGCUAUUGCAUGGAAAUCGCCCAUAUAGCUUGGUGUGUGAGUUAACAACGUAAAUAAUUAACAUUAGAUAGAGUAAUUCCGAAACAAAAAAAGUGUGCCAAGUAGCAUACACGCCGCUAAUGUUUUGAAAUAUGAGGCUGUUGCCAUCCAGAUCGGGUUUCAUUUGCGUGUUCAGGCACUAAGAGCAUGGAUACCAGUCCAACAUUAGCCUGCUCUAUUCCGAACAUAACUUUUAUAGUCUAAAUGGUGUUAUAAUGGUGUUAUAAAUAAGUUGUUUUACAGACUUAGCCUAUAAGUAUGAAAUUAUUAAAUAGUCUCCUGACAGAGAGAGAGAGAGAGAGAGAGAGAGAGAGAGAGAGAGAGAGAGAGAGAGAGAGAGAGAGAGAGAGAGAGUGUGUGUGUGUGUGUGUGUGUGUGUGUGUGUGUGUGUGUGUUCAAAACCAACUGAAUACCUCACCUGUGUGUGUUCAAAACCAACUGAAUACCUCACCACAUAAAUCACUUUGGCUAUUUCCUUUUCCUUUUAAGCCGAGAGGAAUCAGAAAACCUCCCUUCAGCGUUUCGUUUGAAAAUCCCCCACCCCCAGGCAGGCAGAUAUAUUCCCUUCUUUUUAUGUUUUCUUCUCUGUGAACAAAGCUCGCGCGCACCUGGUGGAGGCGACUUCUUUCUUUCUAUCUCUCGCUCUUUCUCUCUCUCUUUCUCUCUCUCCCUCUCUCUCCAUCUCCAUCUCUCUCUCUGUCGCACACACACAUACACAUACGCAUACGCAAAUGCACGCACACACUUCCCGAAAGAUGAUCUCAUAGGCAUUUUUGCUUGAAGGACGUGUUUUGUGUUUGUAAUCCAGUUCAUUCGAAUAUGUGGAGGCCAAUAAUUAUAUUGCCAAUGACUGAAAAUGAUUGUCCUUUCAGUGACAAAAUAAGUGAUUAUAAGCCAGUUAUUACGUUAAUUUAUGCAGAAGAGGAAUAAGCUACCCUUCUUCAAUAACUGGCUUGCAGGCCUCAGGACGAUGAAGCAGAAGUUUCUCAGAGUCAAUGAGGCUCUUUAUUUCAGAGAGCGAGUCUUUUUUUGUAGGGAGGGAAAUGCAGCUGUUUCAGUCACUCACUCAUGAUGAAAAAUACAAUUGGAAAUGGCAUUGUUCGAUUUCUUAAUAUUUUCCUGACAUUAUAAAACUUAAAAAGUGAAGUUAUGCAAACAAAAAAAAUCAACAAAACCAUAUGCCAAUCACCACCAAAUUACAAAUAAAGGUAUUUGACCAUUUGUGUUGUCACGCUGCGACCGCUGACAUUUGUCACCCUGGAAUGUAAUUGCACCAAAUGGUAGGCCCACUGUUGGUCGUAUUGUCGUAUAAGCCUACUAUAGGUCCUGAAGCAGUAUAAAUAAAGGAGGGCUAUAAUCCAAUUUAUUCUCCAUGGGAUAAAACUUUUGGUAGUCACGACAGCUCUUUGAAGCCAUGUUUGUGAGAUCUCCAUGGAUCACCUCUGUAGUUGUGCCCACAAAGAUCCUAUAAAAUUAUAUUUGUACUUUUGUGGUUGUAUCACUAUUUCUAUAGGCUAAGACAGUUGAGGUAUGGAUUAAGUUGCAUUGACAAGUCAGCCAUAUUUCUUAGUAUGCAAAUAAUAACGUGUUUUCCAAUAUGUUCAAAUCAAAAUCAAAUCAAUUUUUAUUUGUCACAUGCUUCGUAAACAUCAGGUGUAGACUAACAGUGAAAUGCUUACUUAUGGCCUUUCCCAACAAUGUAGAGAGAAAAAUAGAAAAAUAAUAGAAAAAUAAUAACACAAGGAAUAAAUACACAAUGAGUAACUUGGCUAUAUACACGGGGUACCAGUACUGAGUUGAUGUAUAGGGGUACGAGGUAAUUGCGGUAGACAUGUACAUAUAUGUAGGGGUAAAGUGACUAGGCAACAGGCUAGAUAAUAAGCAGUAGCAGCAGCAUAUGUGAUGAGUCAAAAGAGUUAGUGCAAAAGGGGAUCAAUGCAGAUAGUCCACGUAGCUAUUUGGUUAACUACACUGAACAAAAAUAUAAGCACAACAUGUAAAUUGUUGGUCCCAUGUUUCAUGAGCUGAAAUAAAAGAUCCCAGAAAUCUUCCAUACACAAAGGAAGCUCAUUUAUCUCAAAUUUUGUGCACAAAUUUGUUUACAUCCCUGUUAGUGAGCAUUUCUCCUUUGCCAAGAUAAUCCAUCCACCUGCCAGGUGUGGCAUAUCAAGAAGUUGAUUAAACAGCAUGCUCAUUACACAGGUGCACCUUGUGCUGGGGACAAUAAAAGGCCACUCUAAAAUGUGCAGUUUUGUCACACAACACAAUGCCACAGAUUACUCAAGUUUUGAGGGAGGGUGCAAUGGGCAUGCUGACUGCAAGAAUGUCCACCAGAGCUUUUGUAGUUUUAGAGAAUUUGGCAGUAUGUCCAACCGGCCUCACAACCGCAGACCGCGUGUAACCACGCCAGCCCAGGACCUCCACAUCCGGUUUCUUCACCUGCAGGAUCGUUAGAUGGGGGGGGGGGGGGGGGGGGGUUGCGGAGGAGUAUUUAUGUGUGUAAUAAAGCCCUUUUGUGGGGAAAAACUCAUUCUGAUUGGCUGGGCCUGGCUCCGCAAUGGGUCGGCCUGGCUCCCAAGGCUGCACCCCUGCCCAGUCAUGUGAAAUCCAUAGAUUAGGGCCUAAUUUAUUUAUUUCAAUUGACUGAUUUACUUAUAUGAACUGUAACUCAGUAAAAUCUUUGAAAUUGUUGCAUGUUGUGUUUAUAUUUUUGUUCAGUAUAUUUAGCAGUCUUAUGGCUUGUGGGUAGAAGCUGUUCAGGGUCCUAUUGGUUCCAGACUUGGUGCAUCGGUACUGCUUGCCGUGCGGUAGCAGAGAGAAUAGUCUAUGACUUGGGUGGCUGGAGUCCUUGACAAUUUUUAGGGCCUUCCUCUGACACCGCCUAGUAUAGAGGUCCUAGAUGGCAGGGAGCUUGGCCCCAGUGAUGUACUGGGCCACACGCACUACCCUCUGUAGCCUUCUGUUUACAGGCAAUGACAGUUUAUUCCUUGGUAGUGAGUGAUGCAAUAUUUGAUUAAUUUAUGCAAUGUUUACCUCCCAACAUACACACACGCACAUACUACCACUGAGUGAGAAACACACACGCACACACACUUUCUCAACAUUCUCACAGGUCUGUCUAUGAUUAUUUCGGUUUCAAAAUGUGUCUUUCUCACUCACUCUGUCAGUAGUAAGACUCCACCUCUGCGCUCACAAAUGACAGCAACAUACUGUAAGUCAAACUAGUAGGACAACUUAUUUCUCUGACCUCUAUUCUGCCCCACACAAUUCUAUCAUUAAAGUCUACCAAAAGUGUAGAGGAGGACAUAUUUCAUUCAGACAGUCCCUGAGCUCCUUUCUAUAUCUCACUUUCCCUUCUCUGGCUUUUUUUCCACAGUGAAUCUGAUGGCAACCACAGCACAGAGGAUGAGUCUAGUAAAGGACAGGAGGAGCUCUCUCCAUGCCCCAUCUCCAAUUCAUCUGACGGGACGAUGACCCAUGGGGCCCUCCCCCUGCAGACAGGGUCUCUGGACAGUGGGUUGGUCAUUCAACAGAUUGGGGACAUCAAGAUGCCCCCUGGAUCCAGCAGUGGGGUGCUCUUCAACGGGAACCUAGUGACCAGUAACCCCUCCACUGUCUUCCAUAACGGUGGCUCGUCUUACCUCCAGGCCCCCAGCAACAUCCUGUUCAACGGGCUCAACCUGGGCGUCCAGCCCCUGGCCUUCAACUCCCUGCGGCCCUCUGGGGGGGUCUUGAUGGGGGGCUCUGGUAUGGACAUACAGAUGCAGGCAGGCCAGGAGAAGGGGUUGGGUGGCUCCAGUGUGGACUACUCCUCCUACUCUGGCUGUGUGAACGGGGCAGAGGUGAAACUGGAGGGGGUUAACAGCAUGGCAGCUCAAAAUGGCGGCUCGUCCGUCCUCACGUUCAGCUCAUCCUCAGGGGCGCUCCAGCUGGGCGGUUACAGUCAGGUCCAUGUGCACAGCAGCAUAUCCGACGGCAAUGGGGCAUCUCUGCUCAACAGCAAUGUGGGUCUUCCUCCUCUGCAGCUCCCCUCUGGCUCCUCCUCCUCAGCACUCUCACAAGGUGGGUUGACUUUAACUGGUUGUCAGUUCUGUGUCAGCUACAUUGAAAACUGAAAAUCCACAUUGAAGUUUUGUCGAUAACAGCUUCAGAGGUAUUGGUGAGAAAUAAUGAUUGUUUCGAGUAUUUUAGGAUUUAAUGUCUUCUUCAUUGCUAAUGAAAGAGAAAUUAUCUGUGCAUUUACAAGAAUAUGGUGGUAGUUGACCCUAACCUUUCAAAUAUACCAAAUAUUGCAACCAAACUCCUUUCUUCUUCAAUAAAAUGAAUGAAUCCUGGAUUGAAAUAGCAAUGGGUGUAGUCAUCAGCUCUGUUAUGCGUUCAAUAUGUCUAAGCUACCUUAGCAUUUGGCCUUCCUGACUUUGGGUCUGAGCCCAGAGGCUUGUUACUGCACUGCAGUGAGUUGGUGCUAGAUGCAAAGGCCAGACACACAUACACACACACACACUCCAUUAUCUUGUGUGGCGAUAUAUGGUGGUCCUGGAAAAUUAUAGAGAUGAAUAGAACACAGGUUCUGAGUCAUCAUCACUGCACACUCCUGACCUCAGGGGGAGAGAGGAGGAGAAUCUGUUUCAGACAAUCACAGGGCUGAAAAACGUACUAACGAGGAGAGAGUCAUUACAGCACUUACUUUGACAAAAAGCAGAGACCUCAUACCAGGACAACAGAAAAUUCAAAUGGAAAGAAAAAAAGCCUUUUCGUUGGCCCAUAGCAGGCUUUUACAUCAAUACAACUCUCCUGGGUUCCACAGGGUCAGCUUCAAAAACCAGAAGGUGUGAGAGAGACACAGCAGAGAUUUCAGAUGGAUUUCUGCUGUAAGUUAAGAACAUACAGCAACAGUACAGUAAGAGUGAAGCCAGAGAUUUGGAGGACUAUGUUAGUUGAGUCGAGCAGGAGUGGGUUAUAGUGGUUCAGAGAUAAGGGUAUAAAGUACUGUUUGUAAGGUGUAUAAGAUGUAUAAUGACCUGUCAUUUGAUUAUCCCAGGUACAAUCCAAGUGAACAAUGUAGCAGUCAGUUCUUCCAGUGAGGACUCCUACCACCACCAGCACCAUCAGGACAAGCUGGCCAUGGCCUCCAUGCAUCCCAGCACGGUUCUCUACAGCAUGGGCAAUGCUGGACAGACUUCCAUCAAGAAGGAGCCCCUGGAGGGAGGUGGCGGCGGUGGGGUGUACUCUUACCACCAUGGCCUUCACCUGGACCCCAGUGGUCAGCUCAGCUACUCCUCAGCCCCCCUAAACUCAGAGGAGGUCCCCUCCAGCCAGGGCCCCCCCCCCUCCUCUGACGUAACCACGGUCAGCUCCUCCAGUCCAGAGCCUGAGGUCUACACCACCCUCACCGUCAGCACCCCUCUGAUGGCCCAAACAGACCCGAACGGCCACCUCCUCCAGUCUGGGGAGUACCUCAGAGGCCACAACCCACAGCCUGUCCCCUCCUCACACCUCCUGGGCCCUGGCAUGAACAACAACUACAUGUCUGUGUCUGAGAAUAAGGUGGACGCUAGUGGCGAUGGGGUGAAUGAGAUGGUGCGUGUCAUGUGUGGGGAGAUGGAGCCGGGGGAGGAGAAGGAGCUGGCCAAAUUACAGACAGUGCAGAUGGACGAGGAUAUGGCUGACCUUUAACCUGUAACCUAUGACCUUUCAUAAGCACUCAUAUCUGCCCAAGCAGUGAUGUGGUGAAUCUUUUUACAUUUUUGUGUGUUUUUUUACCAUUCAUUUUCUCUAAGUGUUAAAUUAUUUGCUAAUGUUGUGUUCAUUUUACCUUACAAUGCACUCUAUUCAGAUACAAACCCCUUGGAUUGGCACCAUGAAGUCAUCCUAAUUCAUUAUUUUAAAAGCCCCGAUCUUUCCUCUCUGCCUCACAGAAAGUCAUAACUAGCUGUUAUUUGUCCCUUGCACUGCAAAAGUCCCUUGCAUGCAUUUGAACCACAUUUUAAGUGUGCAUUUUUUAUAUACAGCACCUGCUACUUCCCGUUGAGUGGACUUGAUCCGCAGAAGCAGGUGUUGGAAUGGCCCUGGUCAUGUGACCAGGAUGUUCCUCCAAACUAAAUGCGUCAUCUGGGUCAACCCAAAAAGGUCAUUUAGUAGGGGGAGGGAAGCGUCUCUGUGAAAAUGUUCACUAAACCACUACAACUGCUGCACUAAAAACCACAUAUAAAACCACAUACGAAUAACAGGACCAUCACUGUGCACAGCAGUUGCUGAUUUAUGCAAUUUAGUCCUCUUCAAAUUCUCAGAAAGUCAUUCAAGUCUACCAUCCUCCAUAGUACAUUCAUAAUUUGUUACAUAUCAUGUGGGCUGAGGAUGAUUCAUCAUAUUUAUGGCAUGGUUUCUGUUCGAGGGACAUAAGAAGAAAUGAAUGUGCCUUUAUGCCCCGUAGAAUGUCAGGCUGCACUGACCUCUCCUAAUUUGCACUAGCAUCAAAACACUAUAACAGAAGAUUGUAGCUUCAAAGAACCUACCUUUCUCUCUGGACUGAUCAAACCAUAUCAAAUCUAUACUGUGAAAACAUAUUUCAAGCUUCAACCAUUAUUGGAGACAGGGAGAGGUUAUAAAGGGGUUGUGACACAGUCUGUAUCUAUUUGAACAUAGUAAGACCACUACAUGCUGUUUGGCAACAGUAUGUCCCAUCAUUCAUUUUGAAAUGUCUCUCAAACUGUCUCUGUGAAAAUAUACAUCAGUUAUAUUUGUCUACACAGUAAGAUGCAAGCACAUAUGUAUAUUAUUGACUGGUGUGCCUGUUUGUGUGUUUGUAUGAGAAACCGGAAGGGGAGCAUUGUGUUUGAGGGAGGAGAACUACAUGCAGUCCGAAGUGUUUUAUAUGGAGAGGGAUUUCUAUUGUGUCCCUUUGCAUGGCAAACUGAGUUAAGAAUAUUACAAUGUCCUGGUUACUAGUGCCUGUUAUUUUCUAAAUACGAUUGAGUGUGGCUAACAAGUUCUCUACACUCUAUGAUUGAUGUAUAGGUGCAGAGUGAGACACAUGCAAAACUUCCAUGGUUUUCAGAUAAAGCUAUUCCAAUUUGGGUCAUUUCCUGGUUUUAUCAGAUAGGCGCAUAAGCCAGACAUCUCCUGUGAUGUUGAGGUAGGGAGUGAGUGGGCCUCAUAAGUCAACAAAUGUAUGUGGAGCACUUCACAACAGAAGACUUGAACUCCACACAGACACACAACACAAACCAUAAUACCCCAUCUCAACCACAUGACCAGCAGAUGUCAUUUACACAUAACAGUAAGACAUUAAGUAUACAUCCAUACAUCCAUGUACAUAGAGUGGCCAGUACAUUUUCCUUUGUCAGGUUCCAUCACCUAAACCCCCACUCAGAGUAGAGCUAUGAACAGACUGCAAACUGACGUAAAGAUUACAUUACAAAACAACUUUGUCUACAUGCUCUGAUGUCAUGUACCAAAAAUAAGCCAUAGGCAUAUGGUAAAACAGAUAGUUUUUUAUUUUAGCUUGAACUGUAUGUUUGUAAUCUGAAAUGAUGUGAAUGUAUUUUUCUAAAUCUCCAUACUACAUUAAAAGUUUUAUAUUUAUAAAAACA